UCACAUCGCGAUAAGGAUGCGAGUAUGAUUGCUUUUCCCGCCGAGGUGAAGACGUUCGUGGCGCGACAUCCUGGCUCGCAGGAAGACUUGGGCCCGUUUCUUGAUGUCGUUACGUGGGUCCUGCUUGUGACGAGUUUCCUGGCCGUGAGUACGCGACUGGGGACGAAGCGGGCGUUGAGGAGGAGGAUAGAUGUUGAUGAUUAUCUGGUUGUUGGUGCGCUGUUGGCGAGCGUCGGCUCCGGGGUGGCAGUUGUUAUGCAAACACAGUAUGGCCUCGGAAGAAACAUAGAUCUGUUGUCGCCUGAGCACAUUGUGGCUUAUCAGAAGGCCGAAUAUGCGAACAAGUUACUCUACAUCGCCACUCUUACGCUGGCUAAGCUGUCAAUCAUCUCGCUGCUUAUGCUACUGACAGCUUCACACUCGCAUCACAAGUUUGGAUGGGUACUCACAGUAUCUAUUGCCCUGUGGGGCAUAGUAACAGAGCUAGUUGCUGCAUUUCAAUGCGGGGCGCAAAAGCCAUGGUUAUUUCAUGGGGAUGAUGCUCACUGUCUUAGCGUGGUAUGUUUCUGGCGCUCCUUUGGCGCUUUCAACAUCAUUACCGAUCUGGGCUUGGUAUGCUUUCCAAUGCACAUCAUCUUUACCCUGCAGAUGGGUCUGAGCAAGAAGAUCACUAUCCUAGGCUUUUUUGGCGCACGGUCACUGGACAUCAUAGCCACGGCUAUCCAACUCGCUUAUACCCCCGCUUUCAACGACCCAAACAUCACCCGCGCGCUCUGGAAAUGGACACUCACAGCCCAAGUCAUCGAAUGCGUUACCAUCAUCACAUCCUGUGUUCCUUAUCUUCGCCCACUGCUAGAGUCGCUUCCAACAGGUAUGUAUGGAGCCGACGAAUACCGCCGUCGAGGCACAGCUUCCGAGCUGGGCUACUCUCGAAACCGCAGCAAGAACUCCUCAUUCAAGCUCAGCUCCAGUCACUCUCACACCGCCCCCUCCCCCGAGAAACGGCAUCGGCCGAGCCAGGCUGAGAAUGCGAUACGACGGUUCUUGCCUAUGCUCAGCGAGAACACGAGUCAUGCGAAUUCGGCGAGCGGGCUGCCUGGUGGGCCAAAGCGGACAGAUGGGAACGUGGAUGUGGAGAUUAGUGCUGCGGCGAAUGGUGGCGAGGGAAGGUGGGAUGUUGAGAGCACCGGGAGUCAGGCGAAGAUCGUGAAGACUACGGUCGUUUGUGCGGAGUGGGAAGACCGGAGAAGUGAGAGGAGAGAGAGUGGUAGCGAUGAGAUUGAAGUGUUGGGGAAACAUGAGCUCGGUCCGAAGAUAUAG